CAGCUCACUUCUCUGUUGACGGCUGCUCCUCUGGUCUGCGCUGUUGGCCGCGCCCGUCGGCGCACGCGACAUCAUCAUGCUCCUGGCGCGGAUCGUCCGUGGCGCGCUCAAGAUCCGCUACCUGCUCCUCGGCGGCACUCUGGCCGGCGGCUACUCCAUCCAGAAGUCUUAUGAAGACUUUAAGAAGGGUCUUCCAGAUGUGGGCUGGUUGAACAAUAUUCUGCCUUCGAAUGAAUCGGUCGACGCAUUCAGGGGCAAGAUGAUCACGUUCAAGGAUAAGUUCAGGGAUUCGUUUUCUGCCAUCGAAUUCGAUCCGAAGACAAAGGAGCUGUAUGGAGACAAGAUGACCGACUUCCGCGAAUGGUUCCAGCAGCGGCUGGACGACGCUAUCAAGGCUUCGGAGGGUGCACCGUCCGGCGACCCAGGUUUGCGUUUCCUUGGCCUUGGACCAUUUCAAACAGACCCCGGUGAUGGUGACCCGAUGGAGGCCGCGCCGGCCGCCGCGUUCGCCUUCACACGGCCCACCACCACCUCUGGAGACGACACGAAGCAGAACGUGACGAUGCAGCAGAAGCUGGACUCGCUGCAGCAGGAGCUGGCGGAUGUGCAGCUUAAAUAUCAGCGCGAGCUCGAAAAGGUCGAACGCGACAACAAGGAGCUGCGCAAGCGUCUGCUGCUGCGCGGGAACGAGACGGUGGUGCAGAGGAAAAUCAAGAAGUCAUUGAUUGACAUGUAUAGCGAGGUGCUGGACGAGCUGAACGACUACGACUCGUCAUACAGCACGCAGGACCACCUGCCGCGGGUGGUGGUAGUGGGUGAUCAGAGCUCCGGCAAGACGUCCGUCCUCGAGAUGAUAGCACGCGCCAGAAUAUUCCCCCGCGGUGCCGGCGAAAUGAUGACCCGCGCCCCGGUCAAGGUGACCCUCUCGGAGGGCCCAUACCACAUUGCCCAGUUCAAGGACUCCAGCCGCGAGUUUGAUCUGUCCAACGAGACUGACCUCAGGGAUCUCAGAAAAGAGGUGGAGCUGCGCAUGCUGAACUCGGUGCGCGGCGGCAAGACGGUGAGCCAGGAGGUGAUUUCGAUGACGGUGCGCGGCCCGGGCCUGCCGCGCAUGGUGCUGGUGGACCUGCCGGGCGUCAUCAGCACCGAGACGGUGGAGAUGGCCGUGGACACGCGCCAGGCCAUCAGCGCCAUGUCCGAGAACCAUAUGGCCAACCCCAACGCCAUCAUCCUCUGCAUACAGGACGGCAGCAUUGACGCCGAACGGAGCAACGUUACGGAGCUAGUUUCAAAAAUGGACCCGACUGGCAAGCGAACGAUUUUUGUGCUGACGAAGGUGGAUUUGGCUGAGCAGAAUUUAGCCAACCCGGACCGAAUACGGAAGAUCCUCUCGGGCAAGCUGUUUCCGAUGAAAGCGCUCGGCUACUUCGCCGUUGUCACUGGGCGCGGCAGCAGUGACGACAGCAUCGACGAGAUCAGGAACUACGAGGAGCAGUUUUUCCAGAAGUCUUCGCUCUUCCGGUCGGGAGUGAUGAACUCUGCCCAGUGUACCACACGCAACCUCAGCAUGGCCGUCUCUGAGUGCUUCUGGAAGAUGGUGCGGGAGACGGUGGAGCAGCAGGCGGACGCCUUCAAGGCCACUCGCUUCAAUCUCGAGGCUGAGUGGAAAAACAACUUUCCCGGGCUGCGUGAGCUGGACCGGGACGAGCUGUUCGAGAAGGCGCGUGGUGAGAUCCUUGACGAGGUGGUCAACCUCUCGAUGGUGUCGCCCAAACAGUGGGAGGAGGCGCUCAACAAGCGACUGUGGGAGAAGAUGGUGUCCUACGUGUUCGAGAAGAUCUACUUGCCGGCUGCGCAGAGCGGCAAUGCAGGUACCUUCAAUACCACGGUGGACAUCAAGCUGAAGCAGUGGGCGGACGACAGCCUGCCGAGACGCUGCGUCGAGGUCGGCUGGGAGACUCUCGAGGAAGAGUUCAAGCGCUUCAUGUCUCGCUCUGAGCGGCGGCGAGACCACGACAGCCUGUUCGACCCGGUGAAGCGCGCGGCGGUGGAGCAGGCGCUGCACGACCACGACUGGGAGCAGCGCGCCGUCGAGCUGCUGCGCGUCAUCCAGCUGAACGCGCUGGAGGACCGGGCCGUGCACGACAAGCGGCACUGGGACGCCGCCGUGCAGUUCCUCGAGGAGAGCAUCAAGGACAGGCUGCAGACGACAGAGCAGAUGCUGCGCGAGAUGACGGGCCCGGGCGUCUGGGAGCGCUGGCUGCACUGGCGCUCCGCUACCAGCGAGCACGUCCGGAGGGCGGCCGUCCGCACCGAGCUCGAUAAGGCUCUGCACGCCGACUACGAGCACCCGCCCCAGCUGGGCUACGACGAGAUCAUGGCCAUCCGCAACAAUGUCAAGACGAGUUCAGGCCUGGAGGUGGACAACGAGCUGAUUCGGGACACGUGGCGGCCCGUCUACCGGCGCUUCUUCCUGCGCAAGGCCCUGGCGCGCGCCUACGACUGUCGCAAGGCGUUCUGGCUCUACCACCAGGACGUGGCUGAGCAGGAGUGCGACUGCAAUGACGUAGUGCUCUUCUGGCGGAUCCAGCAGAUGAUGCGCACCACGGCCAACACGCUCCGUCAGCAGAUCAUCAACCGCGAGGCGCGCCGGCUGGAGAAGCGGAUCAAGGAGGUGCUGGAGGACUGGAGUCUGGACGCCGAGAAGAAGCGCACGCUGCUGACCGGCCGUCGGGUCAGCCUUGCCGAGGAGCUGAAGCGGGUCCGCCAGGUGCAGGAGCGGCUCGAGGAGUUCAUCAAUGCUCUGCAGGACGAAAAGUGA